ACUUCCAGCUGGUGUAGAUGCGGGCUAGCUAACCGGUUAGCUGUCUGGGUCAUAUUUCUCUUUUUAUCACCGUGGGCUAACAUCAACGAACAGCGGCGCCAGCCCGUCGACACCGGCUCUUCUGUCCGCCGCCAUGCCGGUUCACGCCCGGGAGAAGAAAGAAAGCAACCAAGAGGAGAUGGAGGUGGACUACCCGGAGCAGGACGGCAGCAGCACGGACGAGGAGGACACAGUGAGCUCCUCCGUGUCCGAAGAUGGAGACAGCUCCGAGAUGGAUGAUGAGGACUGUGAGAGGAGGAGGAUGGAGUGUCUGGACGAGAUGACCACGCUGGAGAAACAGUUCACUGACCUGAAGGAGCAGUUGUACAAGGAGCGUCUGAGUCAGGUGGACAUCAAGCUGCAGGAGGUAAUGGCUGGCUGUGCCCAAGAGUACCUGGAGCCUUUAGCCAACCUGCAGGAGAACAUGCAGAUCAGGACUAAAGUGGCUGGGAUCUACAGGGAGCUGUGUUUGGAUUCGGUGAAGAAUAAGUACGAAUGUGAGAUCCAGGCAGCCUGCCAACACUGGGAGAGUGAGAAGUUGCUGCUGUUUGACACUGUGCAAAGUGAACUGGAGGAAAAGAUAAGAAGAUUGGAAGAGGACAGACACAGUAUUGAUAUUACCUCAGAGUUGUGGAACGAUGGAUUACACUCACGGAAAAACAAGAAGAAGGACCCGUUCUGCCCUGUCAAGAAGAAGAAGCCUGUUGUAGUCUCUGGGCCUUAUAUCGUUUACAUGCUGCAAGACCUGGAUAUUCUUGAAGACUGGACUGCAAUAAGAAAGGCAAUGGCAUCACUGGGGCCACACAGGGUGAAGGUGGAUGUUCCUGCAGUGAAGCCUGAAAGGCAUCACCAUGUCGCGCGCUCUGAGGACGAUCGACUUUUCUAUGACAACCAGUGGUACUGCAGGGGGCAGGCCAUCUGUAUCAACAGGAAGGACGAGUACCCGACGAGCGCCAUCAUCACCACAAUCAACAAUGACGAGGUGUGGUUCAAACGGCUGGAUGGCACCAAGUCAAAGCUGUACAUCUCCCAGCUGCAGAAAGGCAAAUACACUAUCAAGCACUCCUAGAACCACAGUGACACACACUCGCACACACACAGUACAAAGAACAUCAUCUCUGCCAUGUUUCUCUGCCUCGUUUCCAUUUUGUAUCUCUCUACAUGCUUGCCAUAUGUACAGUGCACACAUAUAUGUGAAUAACAUGUAACUCAAAACCCUGAAAAGUUCACACAGACACACAGACCUAUUCAACGAAACAAGAAACAAACAAGUAUCAACUGACUCUUUUUUUCAGAAGGUGAUCUUCUCUGUAAAUAUGUAUAUGUAUGUUGAUAUUCUCGACAAGGCCACAAAGUGUCAUUCUCCUUUGGACCGGAGAUUAAUGCAAAGUGCUGCUUAAAAAAAUUUAAAACCAAGGGAGAAAAGCCGGAGCAGGAGCAAAGUGUGAAGCUCAGUCGCGUGCCUUUCUGAGACGAGACGAUACCUCGACUGAUUUAAAAAAAGUUCUGAACUAUCAAUGCAGUGUGAAGCCUUACUCUGUAGUGUGUUAGCACCAGGAGGACUGAAGCGGGUCAAUGAAUGAACCCUGAUCCAGGUGAGGCUGCUGUAAGACUUGAAUUUCAUGCUCCACAGAGCCUAAUAAAUCUGUAUUACGAUCCCCAGGGACUGCAGUUUGAUUCAGUGUUUGAUUUAGUAAAGGAAAAUAAGUGUCAUUAUGGAGAUGGGUUGAAUGAUUAAUCAGUUUUGAGUAGAUGAUUGUAUUGUGAACAUAUUGAGAUGAAACUGUUCUUCAAGAACGCCCUCUGGGGUUUGUAGGAAGCCACUUGGGGAUCCUCUGUACUGAAUGAUCUCUUUAUGUGUUGAAGAUUAAGUGUAAUUUUAACGGCACCACGUGUUUUAAAGUUCAAAUCAAGGCUAGUUCAUGAAAUAAGCAAAACCGGACAGUUUGAAAAAGAAGCCUACACAUGCAGAAAUGGGAAGUUCCCUGUAUAUAGAGGCUACAGUAUUGUAUGUUUGCUCAGUUUUUUCCCUCUAACUCCUAUUGUAUUGCCAUGUGUCUAAUAGUGCCUAGAAAAAAAAACAUUCAAAAGAGACUUUCAUACGGGAAAAUGCGGCUAUUGUGGCUCCUAUCAAGUGACGAUGGCUAAGUUGAUGGGAUGCAAGAAUUUUUCUUUCAAGGAGACAUACAUUUUCACAUAUUUAUAAUUUGAAUUGGUGUUAUUACUUGAUGGUGUACAUGCUCAAAUGUUCAGAAAACACAUCAUUGUCUUCAUUAUGUAAAUUUCUGCUCCGAUUGGCCAGCUGGUCCUUUCUGCUGUAACUGGUUAACUGUUUCCACAGCAUGUGGUAAGUGUUGACCUCUGCUCUUACUUUACCGUAAAGUGGCCUGUCAGACUAACAGCUCGCCGUGUAUUAUGCAAAUUCGUCUGAAGUAUCGUCCGGCCACUGACAGGGUGCUGCAGGAUUAUCAGGAGCAGUGUUUUCUGUGAAGGAGAGGAGCUCGGGCUUUUUAACUUCAUAAAAAUAACCUAUAACCCACUAGAGGAAAGUAAAACUGAGCACGAUGUGUCACCUUUUAAAGAGGAGGACUAAAAAUGUCCAACUCAAAAGGCUUGGGUUUCAUUUGACGGGCCCAGAAGAAAAUUAAUUUGUAAUUUAUGGUGCCAUUUUUCAUAUUCUUUGUCUUCAUCUAGUCUGUUUGUUUCCGCUUUGAAUAAAACAGCAAAGAGGAUCAUUUAUUAAGCACUGCAGCAUAAAUGUUACAUCUGUAAAACAUCUAAAAAAGUAUUUCCUGUUCCCUGCCCUCUCCUCUCGUCUUUGUUCCUUCCUCUGUUGUCACUUCUCUUUCCCUAUUCCCCUUUGUCUUCUUCUCUGUUGUAUGUAUACAUGUUCCUCAGAACUGAUGUAUCAGCAGCACAAAGAGAAAGAAGGUGAAAGGACUUUAUUUUUGUGCGUACAGUCCGUCCAACGUCAAUGACAUUUGGUUAAAUGAUGGGGAUGUUGCGUUGUGUCUUCUCUGUUGUGCUUUAUACUUUCAGCAUUGCAUAUAAUACAUAAUUCAAAGUAUUAGCUGGGAACAGUAUUGUACAGAACCAUAAACAAAGAAAAAAUGCGGAAUCCA